AUGCCUAUACUUGGAGAAUUACUGAGUUGUAUUGGAUUAAUUAUAAAUACGUAUUUCUUUUACGAAUUGCCUGCUGAAGUAGUAGCAUUAACUGAGAGCGUUUUUCCUGCAUUCACUGGAGGAUUCUACACAGUCUUUUUGGGUAUAUUUAGUUAUAUUAGUGAUAUAACUACAACUCACGAGAGAACUUACAGAAUUGGUAUCGUUAUUUUGUGCUCAUCUAUUGGUCAUCCUUUAGGGAUUAUUUUAAGUGGAAUAAUGUUGAAAUGGAUUGGGUAUUAUGGAGUGUUUUUGAUAUCAGCUGGAUUAUAUCUAUUUAGUUUAAUAUACGGUUUAUUUUUCCUCCGUGACCCUGAAUUUAAAAGCAGAACAGCGGUUAGUAUAUCUAAUAAGAGUUGCGGUAAUUUUUUUAAAGAAAUUUUUGAUGUUAAUUUGGUGAAAGAAACAUUCACUGUUUUAUUCAAAAAUGGCUCAAAGAAUAGACGACUGCGAGUUUGUCUGCUUUUAGUGUCAGUAUUUUUAGUGUACGGGCCAAUUCAAGGGGAAAAUACAAUGAUGUAUCUCUUUUUUAGAUAUAGAUUUAACUGGGCUGAGUUAGAAUUUAGUUGUUGGAGCUCUUACAGAAUGAUUACACAUCUGAUUGGGACCACAUUCUCAAUAUCUAUUUUAAGUAAAAACUUAAGGCUCGAUGACUCCCUGCUGACAAUUACUUCAUCGCUGAGCAAAAUAAUAGCAUCGGUAGAUUACGCUUUUGCAGAAACUAACUUUGGAAUUUGGUUGGCACCAUUACUGGAGAUUUUGACCGGAACAGCCAUGAUUGCAAUUAGGGCGAUAGCAAGUAAAACAGUUGACGGUGAAGAAAUAGGCAAAAUGAGCUCACUAUUUGGCGUAGCUGAAGCUAUGACCCCAAUGAUAUAUGGCCCCCUCUACUCAGCUUUCUACAUCGCAACAUUUAAGGUACUUCCCGGUGCGAUGUUCCUACUGGGGGCUACUCUAACACUCCCCGCUAUUUGUAUACAUUGGUGGCUGUACUUCGAACACACAAAAGAUAGAAAAUUGGAGGAGACUGACACUAAUAAUGACAAUCUUUGUCAUAUGUAAUAAUGACAAAGACACAUAGAAAAUUAUAAAUAGUAUUAAUUGGUAGUGAUUUUAUUUUUGUAAUGUAUUUCAUAUUUUAUGUCCAAGAGUACGUGAAGA